AUGAACGGCGAUGGAGGCAAAAGUGCGGAACUGCACAAACCUGUCGUGCUGUCCUGGCGAUUCUCGGCUGCUCCCUCGAAACGAAAGGUAGACCUCCAUCCGUCAGAAGUUUGGUUGCAGUACCGUCUAACAUGGCCCCCCUUGCGGCAACAGAAGCGCCCGGUUCGAAGUGACGAUGCAGAACAGCAGGCCCAUAUCUCGCAGUGCGCCAUCUCUCCAUCUGUGACCGGGCUUUCAGCGUCGCUCGACUCAUUCUGUCAGCUUCCCGCACCGCUCGGCAGAGAAGAUCAAUCCCUCUUCCACUCCUAUCUCCUUCGAGUACCCAGUCGCGUAUACGGAACGCGGCCGGACACAGUUUUUAGCUCCGUUCGCGACGUCAGCUUUCCCAUUUCGCUGAGCUCCAGCCUCACUCUACAGUGGAUGUUGAUAGCGGCCCAUGGGCUCUUUACCCAUCAGCCAAUGGGAAGCAGUAUAUCGCUUUCACUGACUCACCGGAAACAUCACGCCUAUCGAUUAUUGAAAGACGCCUUGAAUCGGAGCGGUGGAGUCAUCACCGAUGAGAUACUCGGGGGAAUUAUCAUGGCGGCCAUCACGGAAUCGCGCUUAUCGGAUCCAGCAGCAUCAGGCGCACAUCUACAGGGAUAUGAGGGAGCCCUCCGAGCCAGAGGAGGGCUCCGAGCUAGCCUAUUGCUCUGUUCCAUCCCGGCCGUGCGCAUAGCGCACAUUAUGCCCUAUAUGGUCUGUGAGCCGCCACAAGACCCUGCAGGAGGACCACCGAAUGCUGCACAGGAAGUGCAAGUAUUUGUGGAGUUCUUGAGGGUUGUUAUACGCCAGCCGAGCGUCGCUGGGUCCGCAGACCUCGUUCCGCCACAAGAUCCACGCGUCCAAUUGAAGAAACUCUCUUUGAUUGCUCCCUCGCUCUUGCGUGGUACGCUGGCUUAUUAUCUCCAACCCGAGGAAGCCCGCAUCCUACGGUUCGCGGAUGAAUCGUCCGCAUUUCUUUCGCUGUUCCUGAUUGCUUUGACACUAUGGAAAAUAUCAGACUCGGUUUCGAACAGCCAGGUUUUCAUUACACGGCUGAUCACCGUGCUUGAACUGAGCACCGCUUUUGACCGGGUAAAGGGAAGUCUGCUCCUGACUGACCAGGGCUUUAUGUGGGUGGUUCUGAAGGCCGUCCUGGACUUUGGGAGAACAAGCUACGAUCUAAGCAAGGAUAAGGAGGUACAGCCCAUCGUGGACUCAGUCAACGCUUUUCGGGCGUUUCGUAGGCUGAGCACUCGAGAGGCCCGUACCCAGGUUAGACUAUUACUUUUGCGUCUUCUUUCAGGGGACGCUGUAUGGGAUUAG